AAGUCAGCCAAUGGAAGAGGGAUUACCUGAUGCAGGAUGGCUUACUUCUUUUUGGAGAUUGAUAACGGGUAACCAUUCAGAAUCAACUGAACAACCAAACGAGGACGUCUCAAUACCACCAACUGAAGAAAAUGAGCUAAAACAAUUGUUACUCAGCUCAGGGGGACCAGAAGUCCUUAGUAACUGGCAUCGUCUGUUGGGCCAGGUGUUGUUUGGAGCGUUGUACCGUGGACUCAUCUACUACGCCAUUCCCUGGGACAGCUCCAUCAUGAGCUGUGCUGUACUUAUCAUUCCUCUUGGGACUGCCUUUGGCACAUACAUGGUCAGCAAUGUGGGUCGACAGAGGAGCCAUAUCUGUUACUCCCUAAUCGGGGCAUACGUUAGUGAGUUUUUCAGUCUUCUACUCUUCAAAAGCAGCAACCCACUAUUAGUGGCUGGAAUAUCCAUGAUGUUCUCAACCUGUGGCUGGAAAUGGAGACUAGAGAAUGAGGAUGUAUCAUGGGGGAAAUUGCUGUUGACCGUGUUUUCGGUCUACUGCCUGUUGGUUUUUCUGUGUGGCUCUUACAUGUAUUUCAAUGCAACUCUUGAGACAGAGGAUGGGGAGUCGAUCAAACUUCAUGAUGCCUUCAACAACUUUUUCAACUCUCCAGCGUGGCAGGAG